CUACGAGUAACAAGUUCUUCCGACGCGUUUUCCCCAUGAUUUUUAUCCGCUGGCGAGGUUUAAGGUUCAUCGUUCUGGCAUGGUCGCGGCGGUACAUUACGGCUACCUUGGUCGAUCGUCGGAGUCGUCGGACAAGCUGACCAAGGUCAUAGUUGUAUCCGAGUCUUCUUUGUAAGUUGAGUUUCGCGAAGGAGCAUUGGUCAUCUCGAUCUCGAGCGACAAGGUACAUCUUCAUACGCGAGUAUUUCAAGUUCGGUUGGGUGCUCUUCGAAGUGGUUCUUCCGGUCUCGUCUGUUUAUGCAAGAGAACGAUGUGGAAACGGUGGCAACUCUGUUGCAUCCUAUUAUACUUGUGCGCGGAGGUGUCAACUCAGAGAACUACUCUCGACUCGCCCUUUAAUGUGAUGAUGUUACGUGUUUUGCGUAAUUGGACUUUCGACACUUUCGGUAAGACAGGAGUAGAAGGUGGGAAAAAUAUUCAAACAGCAAGAAAUGCACAGACUACGCAGGAAAUUGUUCUCGAUCAUGUCUCCUUUCCUUGUAACGUAACAGGUGGUAGAUCGCAAAUGGUACCGGAUUCGGUACAUAAUUUAAGGCCGGGCGAUAUUGAUGUCAUUGCCGCGAUGGGUGACUCUUUAACGGCUGGAGCUGGGAUUUUCGCGAACAAUCUACUUCAAGUUAUCAUAGAAAAUAGAGGAGUUGCUGCGCUUGGUGGAGGCCAACGCACAUGGAGGCAAUAUAUGACGCUUCCAAAUAUUAUCAAGGAAUUCAAUCCCAAUUUAAUAGGCUAUGCAAUGGAAGAUUCGUUGACGACUCAUGAGGCAUCGCAGUUAAAUGUCGCUGAAAGCGGUGCUAUGUCUGCAGACAUGCCUUAUAUGGCGGAAAUAUUGGUCAAGAGAAUUAAAAAUAACACGAAAAUAGAUGUGAAGAAGCAUUGGAAGUUAAUCUCAUUGAUGAUCGGAUGUAACGACUUUUGCAGCAAUAUAUGUUGGGUUCCUUCGCCUUGGUCAAUUCUCGAAAAACAUAAAACAGAUUUGCUUAAGGUUUUGAGAACAUUGAGAGAUAAUUUGCCGCGAACAUUGGUAUCGUUGAUUCCGCCACCACAUAUGAAAACCUUGAUUGACAGCCGUAAGGGUAGACAGUCUUUAAAAUGUUACCUCACAACGGAUUUUGAAUGUUCUUGCAUAUUUGGUCUUAGAUUUCAGAGUUCUUUACCAGAAUAUUAUAACAUCAUGAGACGAUGGCAAGAGUUGGAUAUAGAAAUCUCUACUUAUCCCGAAUUCCAAAGAGAUGAUUUUGCAGUUGUAACACAACCUAUUACGUUGGAUUUGAAGAUACCAUCUGCUUCGGAUGGAUAUGCUGAUAUGACAUACUUCAGCCACGAUUGUUUUCACCUCACACAAAAAGCUAAUGCUCGAUUUGCAAAUGGUGUAUGGAAUAAUAUGUUGGAGCCGAGUGGCGCUAAAACGACAAAUUGGCAGAACCUCUUUGAAAAGUUUCAUUGUCCGACACCGGAAAGACCAUAUUUUGCAACAUUGAAAAAUUCGGGAAAAAAUUUUCAGAGAAACUAGUUGUUGUCCAUUUGAAGAAAACUUGAUGAAAGAAUAUCGAUUGCGUUACUGAGUAAUCAAUCAAUCAAUUGUAAUGCGAUAAUACGGCUUAUAACAAGAGUGCCAUAAUUAUUUAAGUGCAAUUGACGCUGUCAAUUAUAACAGAGGACCGCGAGAUUAAAAAUAAUGUCACGGCCCUUUAUAGUUAAUUUACGAAUUGGGACAGAUACGUGAGUGGUAUAUUUCGUACAAUCUCCAAAAUGUAAUUUUACAAAUUGGCAAUUUGUAAUAAAUAUGAGGAGACGUAUGUAUAAAUGUAAGCGGAUAUAUCAAUGUAAGAAACGAUUUGUCAUAACGUCGCUUCUUAGCGUCGUCGCUAUUACUUCCUGAACUAUCAUAUAGGGUUACGAAAGAAUGCGAAGGUAUCUUGAACAUAUUCGUUAUAAAAGUGAGAUUUAUCGGUAAGUUGGAGGUCCAUCCGCUUGAUUUAUGUUUAGUGCUGUUAUUUGGUAAUGGCAGUGAAGCGGAUUUACCUCCUCACGUACAAUUUAUGAGCAAAUCGCCAAGCUUUUAAUACGCUCCAAAAAGAUCAUGAUCAUGAUUUGUCAUAAAAAAUCGGGCAAUAGUUCAGUACUUGGACUACUUAAUGCCUGUUUAAUGACGCAAUGAUAUCGUUUGUACACAAAUAAUCACAUUUAAAAAGCAUCUUUAAACUCUUACAUCACGAGAUGCGUUUACUAGAUAUUUACAAGCGUAAAACAUAAUAUUAAAUAAAAUAUAACAUUAAUUGUUUAUUUUAAUUUCGCUUAAAUUAUAUUUUAAUAAUGCAAAUCUUCCAUAUUGAUUAAUAUCAGUGUCGAUUGUUAUUUGCUGUUGUAACCUUAUCAGCGUCUGAGAAAUGAAAGAAUAUUGACGGUGUUGAGAUAACUGCACGUUACUAUAAAAUCAGUGCUAUCAAGUAUGUUUAAUGCACGAUACAAAAUUCUGUAAAAUCAUUUGACAUUAAUAUAUAAAGAGCAACAUACAAAAAAUACAGAUACGAUCGAUUGAGAAAGAAAAGUCUGCGAAAGAAGUAAUUUAAAUAAGUUUAUGACAAGAAUAGUGCAUUCACACAUUGCAUUAACGAUAUAUUACGAUGAAUAAUCUGCUGGAAAGUAUAAAUAGACCAUCAAAGUCAAAAAUAUAAUCAGAAGUGAUAAUUAACAUGAUGUAACGUAGGAGCGUAUGAAAAUAAAUCGUUUUGUGUUUAUGAUUAAGUUAAGCGAAAGGACACAAUUCUAUUGUAUAACGGAAAUGAAUGGUUCUUAUCGCCGCGACGUCACUGUUGUGUCAAAUACAUGACGUAUUUUGACACAUAUUAUAUAUUCUUGAUCUCUCCCUAUCAGAUAUUAAAAAUG